UUCCGCUGCAGUUGACGUCCGAAGUUACUACUCGAAUAAAAUCAACUUUUGCUGUCAAAAAGAUUUUCUUAUAAUGCCGCCAAAGAAGCGUAAGCUUAUGCCCCCAGCACCAAAAGGCAAAUGUCGACUUUUGCUUGAAGAACGGUAUAGAGAGAUUCCUGUUGAUGCUGAAGACUUGCUGAAUGGUCAUGUGGUUUUAAAAUUCAUGCAGGAGUCAAAGUUGUUUGCACCAACUACAAAGUUUUUUGCUGAACACAUGGGCUUACAGAUUACAAAGAAUAAAAUCCAGUUACUUGUAAAUAGAACAAUUAAAAAGUACACUCAUAUGAACAGAGAGAAGGAAGUUUCUAUGUUAAUAGCUAAUUGUGAUGAGAAGUACAAGCAUGAGAAAAAACAACAAGAACCGGGAACUUCAGCAGAACAGGCAGUUAGACGAAAGUUGACCCAAACAACUUCUCAGGUUACUGUAACACCAUCUACAUCUGUAACAGGCUCACCAAGUACAGUGCAAAACGGUAUCAAAUCCUACAGUUGCAACAUCUGUAACAGGCUCAUCAAGUACAGUGCAAACGGUAUCAAAUCUUACAAUUGCAGCAUCUAUAACAGGCUCAUCAAGUACAGUGCGAACGGUAUCAAAUCCCACAGUUGCAACAUCUGUAACAGGCUCAUCAAGUACAGUGCAAACAGUAUCAAAUCCUGCAGUUGUAACAUCAGCGUAUACAGGUUUAUCUAUUGGAAUGAGGUCAUUAAAGCGAAAGGGUCUGCUGACUCCAUUCAAACGACGACUUCAACAUCAAAAUGA